UGGUGGGCGGGAGCGGGAAACAAAAGAAAGCCAAGGCGCACGCGCCGGUGCUGCUCGGGUUCUGGCGGGUUCUUCCGCUCAGGCCGAGAGAAGUGCUUCCGGGUCGCCGCCGGCUACCGCCUCCCGGCGCGUGCCUGGCCUCGAUUUCUUCCCCGUGGGAAUUCAGUGCCCCAACUCAUGAUCUGGAGCCCGUCGUUGCCUGUCGCAGGGCCUCAAUUUUUCUGUCAGGAGCCAUGUCCACCUUGUUUCCCUCACUUUUCCCCCGUGUGACGGAGACAUUGUGGUUUAACCUGGAUCGACCCUGUGUGGAGGAGACAGAGCUACAGCAGCAAGAACAACAGCAUCAGGCCUGGCUCCAGAGCAUCGCAGAGAAAGACAACAACUUGGUACCUAUUGGCAAGCCAGCCUCAGAGCACUAUGAUGACGAGGAAGAGGAGGAUGAAGAUGAUGACGAAGAUAGUGAAGAGGACUCAGAGGAUGAUGAGGACAUGCAGGACAUGGAUGAGAUGAAUGACUACAAUGAGUCACCUGAUGAUGGAGAGGUCAAUGAGCCUUCUCUCCAGGUGGACAUGGAAGGCAACGAACAGGAUCAGGACCAGUGGAUGAUCUAGGUAGACAAGGCAAAGUGGCCUCAGGGAAAUUCCAGGCCAGCCCAACUUACCCUGCAUUCCCUGCAGAACCAGCUGAUUUCCCCAGUGCUGAAAGCUUACCCUUGGGUAUCUCUUCAGCUGCUGCCAGGAACUGGUCUCUGUGGCCCCUCCCAGGCCAUCAGUUUGCCCUGGAUUCCCCAGGGCCUGAGCCCAACCCACCUUUCUGCCUAGUACUUCACCCUUUGGUUGCCAGGUAUAGUCUCUUUCUAACCCCCUUUAAUAAAGACACAGGACUGAUUCCCCCUGA